GAGCAACGGGAAAGCUCAGCUAAGGUAGCAGCUACCAAGCGUUUGCUAGCUAGCCAUGGGGUUCGCGGUGACGAGGACGAGCAGGUCGUUGGUGGCGCCAUCGUCGCCGACGGCGGCGGCAGGGGUGACGCUCCCUCUGUCGGCGCUGGACCGCGUGCCGGGGCUGCGCCACCUGGUGCUGUCGCUCCACGUGUUCGACGGCGCGGCCGCCAAGGGCUCGCCGGCGAGGGUGGUGCGUGAGGCGCUGGGGAAGGCGCUGGUGGACUACUACCCGUUCGCCGGGCGGUUCGUGGAGGCGGAGGGCGGGGAGGUGCGGGUGGCGUGCACCGGCGAGGGCGCGUGGUUCGUGGAGGCGACGGCGGCGUGCGGGCUGGAGGAGGUGCGGCACCUGGACCACCCCAUGGCCAUCCCCAAGGAGGAGCUGCUGCCGGAGCCGGCGCCCGACGUGUCGCCGCUCGACAUGCCGCUCAUGAUGCAGGUGACGGAGUUCAGCUGCGGCGGCUUCGUGGUGGGCCUGAUCUCAGUGCACACGAUCGCGGACGGCCUGGGCGCCGGGCAGUUCAUCAACGCGGUGGCGGACUAUGCGCGCGGCCUCCCCAAGCCACGCGUGUCGCCGGUCUGGGCCCGGGACCUCGUGCCGGACCCUCCUCGGAUGCCGGCGCCGCCGCCGAAGCUGGAGCUCCUGGACCUCCGCGGCCACACCGUCGACUUCAGCCCGGACCACAUCGCCAAGAUCAAGGCCGACUUCUUCGCCACCACAGGGCAGCGCUGCUCCGCCUUCGACGUCUGCGUCGCCAAGACGUGGCAGUCCCGCACCCGCGCCCUCCUCCUCUCCGGCUUCGGCGACGACAGCCCCGUCCACGUCUGCUUCUUCGCCAACACGCGCCACCUCAUGCUUGCCGGCGCCGGGGCAGGGUUCUACGGCAACUGCUUCUACCCGGUGACGGUGACGUGCGUGAGCGGGGAGGUGGCGGCGGGGGAGGUGGUGGACGUGGUGCGCACGGUGAGGGACGCCAAGGCGCGGCUCGCCGGCGACGUGGCGAGGUGGGCUGUGGGAGGGUUCGCGCAGGACCCGUACGAGCUGAGGUUCACCUACGACUCGCUGUUCGUCUCCGACUGGACUCGGCUCGGCUUCCUCGAGGCGGACUACGGGUGGGGCGCGCCGACGCACGUCGUGCCGUUCUCGUACCACCCGUUCAUGGCCGUCGCCGUCAUCGGCGCGCCGCCGGCGCCCAAGGUCGGGGCCAGAGUCAUGACCAUGUGCGUCGAGGAGGCGCACCUGGCCGAGUUCAGGGACCAGAUGAAUGCCUUCGCCUCCGCCGCCGGCAAGUGAUCGACAAGUGAGGUGAUCGUGCGCGCACCGUCGUCGAUCCACACCCAGUGAAUUGAUCACGUCUGCAGUGCAGUGCAAUCAAGCUCUUAUACUGUUAGCAGUACAAAAACAACUUUUAUACACCUGUCGGAAUGGUAUCGGUGUGUCGUAUGUGUAAUUUGCUUUGCUUCAGUUCUCCUAACGGAUUUGGCGCAAUACUAGAAGCGCGCUCGAACGAGCUUUGUACGGACAUAUGAAAGGAAAUGUGACCUCUCGCGGAUGAGACGACCAAUGUAUGUAUACCUUAUCUCAAGGUGCACUCGAAGAAUAUAGAUGAAAUAAAUGACUA